AUGGUUGAAGCAACGACCAGAAUUCCGCUUCCAGUUGGAGCUGGAUAUGGCGUCGUCAUCGGUAUCGGCUUCUUCUUCGCCAUCGUCAUGAUGGGCAUCUCGCACCUCCAGAACAAAUAUACGCGCUACUCGACACACCACUCGGAGGAAUUCAACACGGCAUCGCGCUCCGUGAAGCCGGGGCUCAUCGCCUCAGGUAUCGUGUCGGCGUGGACAUGGGCGGCCACACUACUACAAUCCUCGACCGUCGCAUAUCAGUACGGCGUCGCAGGUCCGUUCUGGUAUGCUGCCGGCGCAACCGUCCAGAUUCUCAUGUUCUCGAUUCUCGCGUGCAAGGUCAAGCAGAAUGCUCCGCGAUGCCAUACGUAUCUCGAGAUUGUCAAGGCGCGGUACGGCACUGUCGCGCAUCUCACCUUCAUGGUGUUUGCGUUUGUGACGAGUAUUCUCGUGGGCAGCCAGUUGUUGCUGGGGGGCAGUGCCGUCGUGACGAGUUUGACGGGCAUGCCUGUGUAUGCAGCUGUGUUUCUGAUUCCGGUUGGUGUUUGUGCUUAUGUUAUCCUGGGUGGCCUCCGAGCGACAUUUAUCUGUGACUAUAGUCACACGUUGAUCCUGAUGAUUAUCAUCCUCUACUUCAUGUUCAACGCAUACGCCAUCAGUCCUCUGAUCGGGUCACCAGGCGAUAUGUAUGACUUGCUCAAGAAAGCGGGGAGCCAGCGCCCAGUUGCUGGAAACCACGACGGCUCGUAUAUUACGCUCAAGUCGAAUUUCGGACUCAUCUUUGGCGUGAUUCAACUCUGCUCGGGCUCCGGUACCGUCUUUCUCGACCAGGCGUACUGGCAGCGCGCGAUCGCUUCGAAGCCCUCGACGGCUGUACGCGCCUAUCUCCUCGGAGGCAUCGCGUGGUUUGCGAUUCCGUUUGGCUUUUCCACUACCCUUGGUCUUGCUGCCGUUGCGCUCACUGACAACCCACGCUUCCCCACGUACCCCGAAGUACCAACGUCCGGCCAGAUUUCGUCGGGAUUGGCAGCAGCGUUUGCGGCAGAGACGCUCAUGGGAAAGGGAGGCGCUGUUGCAUUGCUGGUUGUGCUCUUCAUGGCUGUCACGUCGUGUGCUUCUGCUGAGCUCAUUGCCGUGUCUUCGCUGCUGACGUUUGACGUGUACAAAGAGUACAUUUCGCCCAAUGCGGAGCCGAAACAGCUGGUGUUUGUAUCGCACAUUAUGAUUUGCGUCUUUGGACUGACCAUGUCGGUGUUUGCGUGCAUCUGGAAUGCGGCAUCGAUAGAUCUUGGCUGGCUUUUCCUUGUCAUGGGCCUCCUCAUAGGAGGCGCCGUCUUCCCCGUUGCCUUUGCAAUCACUUGGCGCAAGCAGAGCAAACUGGCCGCCAUAUCCGGCUGUCUCUCUGGCCUGGCCGCCGGGCUGACGGCGUGGCUCGCAACCGCCAAAACGCAGUACAGCACCAUCAGUGUAGAAACAACGGGAAAGUCGUAUCCUACUCUUGCCGGCAAUCUCGCAGCCGUCAUGACCGGACUCAUUGUCACAACGACAAUCACGCUCAUCAAGCCCGACGACUUUGACUGGGAAGUGACUCGCGCCAUCAACGCCGAGGUGACUCAUGGUAUAACCCACGAGCAGCCUUCGACACCUGAGCCCUCGGACGCAGGCACCGUCGAAAAGAAAGGCGACCAAGAAGCCACGAGCCAUUCUCCCGUCCCAGCAACAACCGUCCCAGAGCUCCCGCCUCAUCUCGCGCCCGCACUCGAAGAAAAUGACGACCCCAGCACGCUGCGUCGCGCCUUCAAACUCGCAUGCAUCUCUGCUUUCCUGCUGACUUUUAUCCUCGACUUCCUGGUCCCCAUGCCCAUGUUCUUUUCGCACUACAUUUUUUCCAAGGGCUUCUUUACAGGGUGGGUGGUGGUGAGUUUUAUCUGGGUGUUUGCCAGCAGUGCGAUUAGCUGUUUGCUGCCUAUCUGGGAGACGCGGAGCAGCUUUGGGGCGUUGUUGAGGAGGAUGAUUGGGGAUGUUGGGGGCGGAAAGUAG